AUGGUACCGCAAUUCAUGGACAUUAUUCUAACCGUCGACAAUUCUGACGACUUCACGGACAAUUUAUACGUUAUGAUACCUGUGAUUUUGGCUUUCUGCAAGAUGUUCGAACUGUUGCUAAAUCGUCAUAAUAUCAAGAUGUUCACAGAUGCAUUGGUGGAAAAGCCGUUUAGGCCGCUGGAACCGGAUGAAAUCGAGAUUCGGCAGAAAUUCAAUAAUUUAAUACAGAAACACGCUAUAAUGUACCUAUUGAUGGUUGAAGUGACGUGCGGGAGCAUGACUCUAACAUCCUUGUUAACAAAAUUUCGAAAGGGAAAUUUAACCUACAGGGUGUGGUUGCCAUACGACUACACCUCUGAUACAUAUCUAUUUUACAUCACGUACUUCCAUCAAUUAAUAAGUCUGACGAUAUCAUCCUUCAUGAACGUUGCUUACGACAACAUAGUCUGCGGAUUGUUAAUGCACAUCUGUUGUCAGAUUGAAAUCUUAGAAUGCCGGCUGAAGAAAUCUUUGCGCAACCAAAGCGAUUUCGGCGAAUGCGUGCAACUGCACAAUCGCAUCUACAAGCUCGCACAGGAGAUGAAUGAAAAAUUUAGAAUCACCAUCGCCAUACAAUUCAUAUUGAGCACACUGGUAGUGUGCUCUAAUUUAUAUCGACUUGCGAAGGCGGAAUUAAAUCCGAAGUAUAUUCAAUUAGCGUUGUACACAAAUUGUAUGUUAAUACAAAUUCUCAUUUACUGUUGGUACGGGAACAAAGUGAAAUUAAAGAGCGUUCAACUUUCUGAUCAGAUUUUCGGCAUGGAUUGGCUGGCGUUAGAUAAGAAAACGAAGGAAGAUCUGGUAAUGAUUAUGAAUCGUUCUUUGAUACCUAUCGAGUUUUCCAGUGCACAUAUUCUUACGAUGAACCUCGAGUCUUUCGGAAAGCUCCUUAAGGCAUCGUAUUCGAUAUAUAACGUACUUCAACUUACGUAAGAUAAAAUUGCAUAUUAUGCAAAAUAUGUUUAUCUUAUAAGAUUCAAUGAGCGUAAAGAUAAUGGUUUAGAGCUCAAAUUAAAAGUAACAUAUCUGUAGAAAAAAGUCCAUUACGAUGAUGUACAAAUUUACUGUUAUGAUGAACGAUCAAUAGAUUAUAUAGAUAAUAUAUUUACAUAUACAUUCUGUCAAGUAAAUACCGAAAAUUGUUCAAUAAAACAAAAUAUUGAUUUAAUUAUCCCAAUUUAUUUUGUCGCCUUCAAAAUAGGCCCCAUUUGAUGCGAUACACUUAUACCAGCGAAUAAUCCAGUCGUCGAAACAUUUCUUAUAAGCAAUUUUCGAUAUGAUCUGCAGCUCCUUCUGCAAAUUUUGUGUUAUGGUUUCAAUGGACUCAAAACGUCUUCCAUGAAAUGGUAAUUUUAGUUUGGAAAAAGUCACACGGGGCCAUAUCUGGCAAAUACUGUGCUCGAUCGAUGACAUUCGUUGAGUAUUUAAUCAAAAAUUCACGUAUAAGAGUCGAUGUGUAGGGCGACGUAUUAUCGUGGUGCAAAAUCCGUGACUUAUAGUGCAAAAGAAUUGUUCUUUCACAAAUCUGGCCUUUUCCGGCGAACAUUCUCUCUCAAACGCCUCAUAACGCUCAGAUAAUAUUGUUUAUUGACUGUUUGCCCCUUCACAAGGAAUUUCGAAUAGACAACACCACGAUAGUCAAAGAAAACAGUCAACAUUGACUUUGAUUUUCGAACAACCUUUCGGUCUUCUUUGAAUACUUUGUCCCACACGUAUGCUCGUACUUUCGAUAAAGCUGACUCACCGUAGAUCAGGCCUUCUCCAACAUUUUCAAUUAAUCAGCACAAGAAAUUUCGUUGGCGACACAAAAUUUGAGGCAAACUCUGUGUUCGAUAUUUUUAUCCAUUUAAAAAAUCACAGAGUACACUUGAGGUCGAUUAACAAAACUAAUAGCUGUAAACAAACUGGUUGACAGAUGGCGCCAAAACUCUGAGUGACAAUUAGGUACAUUGGUGUCAACUUACAGCAAAAAAUUUGUUUUCAUAUUUUUUACGCGGGCUUUUGAAAUGAAUACUUCCCGGUAUUUAUUUGACAGAAUGCACAUAAUAUAUGUGAUAUUUUGGUAAUUAUGUAGAAU